CAGGACGGCGGGACAGACGGACGUGCUCAUGGAAAGGUGACUUCUGUAGUUUAGGACUGCAGUUAAAAUGGAUGAAUUCGUGCAUUCAUUGUUUUUUGAAGCCAAAGAUCUGACAAGCAAAGAGAAGGAGAAGAUCAGGAGAUACUUCCAGAUAAAAAGAGAGUCUGGGGGAGGCGAAUGUGGAAACAUUGAAAAGGUUGGAAACAACAUCUAUAAAAUCAGCUUCAAGGACAAAGAAGUUCAGGAAAGGGUUUUACAGAAAAAGCAACACGUCGUGUCUCUUCCUGAUGGAGAACAAUGUCUGUUAACCGUAACCAGUUCACCAGAGGGUCCUGAUCAGCCUUCGACUAGCCAGUUCCAGGCGUGUGCAAAAGGGAACACUAAAGGUCUUGAGAAGAUUUUCAAGCCAGACGUUUUUCUCCUGUAUUACCUGAGAGACAACCCCAAAGCAAACAAACUAUUAAUCAAGCAACUUGAAAUAAUCGGCUGCACAGUGGACUUAGAUUUUGAUGAAGAGGAGGCAGUGGUGAGGGGGGAUAUUGAGAAGGGGCCUGGAGGGGCUUCUGGUGGUGCUGCAGAGAAAUGGGAACUACAGGUUGAUCAGGUCUUUAUCAAUCUCACUGACCGCUACCUCUGCCAUCAUGUCUUUGAUCAAAAAGAAAUCAAAAUGCUGCUGCAGGACUCUUCCUUUGCAAAUGAUGACAUAAUAGUGUACAAGGAGAGUGGUUAUGCUGUUGUUGUGGGAGAGGUUAAUGAUGUGAAUGAGAAGAUUGCAGCUCUGGAAAAAAACCUGCCGAGCCGGAAGACCGUACCAUUUGUGGAGAAGCAGUUCAAACUGGUAGAAGAAGAGUUUGAUCGAGAAACACGUGCACGUUUUCCAGAAGUUAAAAUCCUCAAAGGAAGUGAGGCGAUCAUCUUGGAAGGCCCUGAUGAGGAGGUGCAGUCAGCAGCUGCAAAACUGGACGAACUGAUCAAGAAGAUAAAAGAAAAGAGAGUUCAGCUCUCUACACCUUUAUUAACGUUCCUCACAUCCAGCGGUGCCAUCGCCAAGUACCGGACUCGCUUCCAGCAGAGCCUCAGAAAUCCUGUUUCCAUAGAUGUGGGAGUCCAACUGGUUCUGUCCAGUUUGUCCUCUGAUGCCCUGGAUGAGGCUGAAGCAGCACUGUCGAGGGACCUGAGUGUAGUCACUGUACAGCUGCAGGGUGCUGCAGCUGUACCUCCAGAUCUAGACAGAGUGAAAGAAAUCCUGAACAAAGCUAAGAAUGAUGCAAACAGCAGCGAGCUCAGAGUGGACGUCAGCUUCAUCCCAGGACCCAGUGGCACCACUAAAGUACGACUGGUGGGCUACAGUGAGAUUGUGAACCAGCUUAAAGAGGUUCUUCAUGACUACCAAGUGAAUCACGGUGCAACUCAAGAAGUGCUGAACCUUCCAAAUCCUGAACUGGUCGACUGUUUUGAUAAAAUUUUAGACCUGAUUGGCAUGAAACGGACUAAAGUGACCUUAACAGCGUCACAGUUUCCAAAUCCUUGUGUGCUCUUGUCUGGUCCCCGUUGUCAUGUUCAGGAAGCCAAGCAGGCCCUAACGGCUGCUUUAGCCAGUCUGACAUACAGUACUUUAACUCUAGAUGGACCGGGGCCUCAGCGAUAUUUCCAAACAGAUGGAAAAGUGAGCAAAGAGCUGGUAGAGAGCUCCUGUCAGGUCAUCAUCAGGGAAAAGCAAAGUGUUCACUCACCAAAUGUAGUACCCCGACCACGAAGCAUCAGCAACACCCCCAGCAUCGCACUGUCCACAGGCCUCUCCAGCACUGCCAGCACCUCUGUGGUCAACAAACCAGGCAUAAAGCUCAUACCUGGCAGCUUAGAAGAUGAGCAGGUGAAUGUGUUGGUGGUCCCCAUGCUGGGAAAGCAGCUGAGGUCUACAAAAGUGGGUUCAUCUCUAUGGACUAAAGCUGGGGACAAACUCAAGUCAAACUUUGACUCGGCAGCAGCAAACUGUGUCGUCGCCCCUGGUGAUGUUCUGCAGGUUGACGGGCCUCCGUCUCUCGGCUGCUCCAAGAUCUUCUUCAUCGAGUGCCUGCCUUGGGAUGGAGUCAGAGGAAAGAGCGCGCAGGCUCUCAGUAAUGGCCUGAAGACAUGUUUGGACAUCUGUGCACAGAAGCGCUUUAGUUCCGUGGCCUUGCCAGUCAUCGGACCUGGAAUUGUGCUAAAAUUCCCGCUGAGGGAAGCUGUUCAGGUGUUGACCAACAGCGUUUGCCAGUUUGGAUUAUCUGCAUCCGCUGGGUCCAUCUCCAACAUCCACAUCGUCAUUAAAACCGGCUAUCCUGACUCAGAGGAGUGCUACCACAGGGUCUUCAAACAACUCAGCUCAAACAUGAACCAGGGAGGCCAAGCAAUCUUCAGACCCCUCACCAGUGACCUCGAUGACGUCACCAUGACCAUGGGGGGCGGCGUUAAGCUACAGUUGGUGUUUGGUGACAUCACCAAUGAGACGACGGAUGUUGUGGUGAACUCGACCGACUUCACAAAUUUUGAUUGCGAUGGCGUCUGCAAAGACAUUUUAACUGUAGCUGGACCAGAGGUGCAGGCUUUGCUGGAGGAAGCAAAUGUGAGCCGAGGAGAGUUUUUCGUUUCUGAGCCUGGACAGUUCCACUGCAAAUCCAUUUUCCAUGUGUGCGGAGAAAAGGAUGCACAAGUUAUUGAAGAACUUGUCUGUAGCAUCAUUGAGACCUGUGAACUGUCUGGAUUCCAGUCUGUUGCAAUUCCAGCCAUCUGUGCCGGGACUGGUCAGUUGGACCCUGGCGUCGUGGCGGGUGCCAUCCUCCGAGGGAUCAACGUUUCCACAUCCUCUGGCCAUCUUCAAAGCCUCACUGACAUCCGCCUCGUCCUGAUUAAGAUCAAUGUCUUCUUGGCGUUUAAAGAGGAAGCAAUGCAGAUGUUCUCCACUGCCGUGCACAACAAAGCAUCAUCGCCGUGGUUGCGUUCGUUGCCUCCGUUGCCUCCCAAACCACAGCCACAACCGUCCGUGACAGCAGACCUAAGCAUGCUCCAUACCAGCUCUGCAAGUCAGCAGUCCGUCUUCCAGUUCCUGGGUCUUAGCAAAAAGGAAGUCGAUGAUGCCAUGGAGAAGCUGAAGAACCAGUACCAGGCGCAGUGCCUCACUCAAGUCUUCAAAAAGGAGGAGCUGCUCAACCUCACCCAUGAAGACAUGCAGGACCUGAUGCACCUGUUGGAGACCGAGGGUCUGCACGCAAAAAUGGACUCGCAUGGCAGUUUGACAGUGAGCGGGCUGAAAGACGGGGUCAGCCAGGUGAUGCAGAUGAUUAAUGGGGCUGUGAAAAGCAACCUCGAGAGGAAGAUGACAGUCAAGACAGAGGAGGAUUUGUACAGCCGAGUGGCCUGGUGCAUCCUGGGACAAAGUGGCAACUGGGAAAGAGUCCCCAAAACAGCCAAUCGCCGCCUGGAAAAUAAGGAUGUAGCGGCAGGAAUAGUGGACACACAGGGGAUCUUGUGGAGGGUGAAUCUACUGACAAUGGAAGCCACAACAUCGGUUGGACAGAAGACGAAGCUGAAACGACUGGAGAAUCUGGGAGACUUUACUCUCCCUCUGUACUGGGACAGCAUGACCGCCGACGAGGGCAUGAAGGUGGUCACACUGGACCCUUCCACUGCAGAGUACCGCACAGUAAAGGAGGCCUUCAAAAGAACUGUCACCCAGGCUGUCAUGAAGAUUGAGCGUUUGCAGAACGUUCAUCUGCGUCGCACUUAUGAAGCACAGAAGAAGCAUAUUGCCGAUAAGAACGGAGACGAGGGCGGAGCAGGUGAAAUGCUUCUGUACCACGGCACCACCAAGGACAACUGCGACUCCAUCAUGAAAACUGGGUUCAACAGGAGCUUCGCUGGACAAAAUGCAACCCAUUUUGGUCACGGAACCUACUUUGCCGCAAACGCCAACUACUCAGCUCAACACACCUACUCCAGGCCAGCAGACGAUGGUUCUCAGUUAAUGUUCGUGGCUCGAGUGCUGACAGGCGUCUACACUCAGGGCCACAAGGACAUGAAGGUGCCUCCACCGCGAAACAGCCAGGUCCCUCAUGACCGCUACGACAGCCUGGUGAAUGCAACCAACAACCCAUCUAUAUUUGUUGUGUUCCAUGAUAACCAAGCUUACCCAGACUACCUCAUCACCUUCAAGUGACAGUGAGGGGUCCAUGAUGAAAGUAACGCUCUGAGCAAGUCUGUCCAAUGACAGAGUUUUGAUUCUUUGAUGUUUACUUAAAAUGUAAUUAUAUAUAGAUAUUUACAUGUAUGAAGCAGUAUUUUUCCAAAUGAAAUUGAACUUGAAAUGAGAACACUACGACGAUUACAACAAUCUAUGUUUUAUGUUCUUGUGAAGAAGAACGGGUUAAUUAAAAUCAUGAAGGUUUUAUGCACAAACGUAACUGUAGCUGCUUGAGGACCUGCUGGGAUGAGAGUCUUUCACUGAUGCACUUUGUCUCUGACUUCUGUGGCACUGCCUUUUUAAUAAGUGAUGUAUGAUAUUGAGUUUGUCUGGGAAGCCAUGAACAAGUCUGAGCAUAAAUAAAGUUUGUUCAAUCAUU